ACUUGGGCUGGCGCAGACGCCGAUUCGCUGACCUGGCGGUCGUUCCGUGAGGUCGGCGUUGCUGGGGUGGACGCAGCCAUGGACAAAAAGUCGCCGAUGCUGCGACGGGUGCUGUGGUCCGUCGUUCUGUUCGUCUGCUUGUCUCUCAUGCUUUACCAGUGCCUGGACCGCAUUCUGCGUUACACGGCCGAGCCUGUGAACGUCAACGUUCGAAUCACGCACAACGAGUCUCUCGAAUUUCCCUCUGUCACGGUUUGCAACAAAAAUGUGUACAACCUCACUCGCGCGCUUGAGUUACUCGUCGGAAAUAAACUUUUGCCAAAAACCGCGACCGAAGCGAUGGUGAAUGUGUCGAUAUUGGUCGGAUUAAAUGGCAUGACUUCCACGGAUGUCUGGAACGAACUCGCUUUGCAAAGGAAGAAAUUCAUUGUAGAGUGCUGGUUUGGCCGAGGGAUUGAUUGCGACAAUGUUGGGAACUGGACUCUGGUGCACACCACCAUCGGCCCGUGUUACAUGUUUGAAAUGGAAAAUUCUCAAACAAAUUUAACCAGCUCGUUCAACAACCUAUUUCUGCGCUUUCAAGAAACUUCCAAACUGGAAAAGUCCGAUUCGGGUGUUAGGGUCGUUCUGCAUGAACCGGGCGACUCGGCCGUUCUCCUUGUGCGCACAGACAGCAUGUCUGCCGAGUAUGGCUGGGCCAGAGAUGUCAAGUUAGAGCUGAGAAAGUUCCAGAUUUUGAGCACGAACCACAAUCCAUGCUUAGAUGACCCGGCGUACUCGAAAGAAAGAUGCCUAUCCGAUUGCUUCCAGGCGGCCGUCACUGCCAACACCAAAUGCAGGAUGCCUUAUAUGACUGCCGCAGAAAAAUCUGGUGAUGUGAAUGGAAGCACGUCGGUUUUCCGCGACUGCAUUACUCCCAACGAGUAUGAAGAGGCGUUUUACACUCUGGACCAAAUGCUGUUUCACGGCGUCGGCUGGAACCCGCACGAAUGCGACUGUCAGCACGAAUGUCAAGAGACCACUUUUCUCAACUACCCUGAAAACCUCGUUUACAAGCCCAAAAACAUUCGAAUGCGAAUCUUUUACACCGAGCUCGUGUACGAAAACAUUCAGGAGGAAUUCGCGUACACGAUGAUCGCCCUUUUGUGCGACAUCGGCGGCACCCUGGGACUGUUGAUGGGCGCGUCCGUCCUGACGGUGUGCGAAUUGCUGGAGGUCGCGUGGUCCAGAAUGCUGCGCAUAAUUUGCGUGACGAAAAAGCGCUCGCAAACGCCACCGGCGCCGGCCCUGGUGUCCAUCGUCAAAGUCAAACCCAGCAAGCCAACCGUGGUUGUGCCGAGGGACAACAGAAGAGUCCAACUUCAGCCCAACUACCUUCGGCCACCGGCCUUUCACGACUUCGACUUCAAUCGGAGAAGACUCGAGGAUGCCUACUUUGGGGAAAGAAUUAAAAUCUAA